AUGGCGCUCUCCCGGACGUUGGCAUGCUCGCAUUGUCGACAAUGGCUGGUGAAAUCCUUCAUUACGACAUUCAAUAUUCCCCAAGUCGCUGCACCCCAACGAAGAAACUUCUCGGCACCUCCGCGACGAUGGAACGAAGCACGCGAGCGCAUUCAACAUGGCGAAAGCGACGAGCUUGCAUUGAAUAAUGUCAAUGAAGAGGCGGCAAAUCUAUUUAAAGAUGAGGCAAAGGAUGUGGCAGAAGAGAUGGAAGCAGAAGUGGAAGAAAGUGAAGAGGCGGAACACAUUCCCUGGUAUCUCCGCACAUCAUCGCCACUACAAUCCACCGUUCCCGAUGCCAUUGCAGAACGCCAACGAAUGCCCGAUCUACCGGAAAAUCCUCCGCCACUUCUCGCGCCUCUUCUGAAGCAAAUAUCCGUCGAACUGGGUAUUGACGACCUCACUCUGUUGGAUCUGCGGGGUCUGGACCCUCCGCCUGCUUUGGGUGCGAAUCUGUUGAUGUUGAUUGGGACGGCAAGAAGUGAGAAGCAUUUACAUGUCAGUGCGGAUAAAUUAUGUCGAUGGUUGAGGAGUGAACAUUACCUUUCUCCAUAUGCGGAUGGACUGUUGGGUAGGCAAGAGUUGAAGUUGAAGUUGAGAAGAAAGGCCAAGAGGAGCAAGUUGAUGGGUGCAGUUGGUGGGAAGGGUGGUGGUGAUGGUGAGGAUCUUGCAGAGGGGAUAAGGACGGGGUGGGUGUGUGUGAAUGUUGGAGUUGUGGAGGGUGCCGAAGGAGGAGUGAUUGACAGUGGAGAGCAGGUGGUCGAGAAGGAGGGAGCUUUCGUUGGGUUUGGACCUGGAAAGAGCUCAGGUGUACGAAUUGUGGUGCAGAUAUUGACGGAGGAGAAGAGGGAGGAGGUUGAUCUGGAGAAGUUGUGGACUGCCGUGUUGAAGAAGAGUGAGAGGGAGAAGGAGGCUAUUGCGAAGCAGGAAGCGAUUGAGGAAGAGAUUGAGGAAGUUGUUGAAGUCGUUGAGCCUGCGAAGGUGGCCGCUGAAGAGGUGCUGGCUGAGGUUGAUUCAGCGCCCGAAGCGGAGGGUGAGCAACAUCGUCCAGCAAGAAUCCGAGGUCUUCGGGGGAGACAACAGAUACGAGCAUAUCACACUUCGGCAAAAAAACUGCAAGAUGUGGAUAACAACAACAACCACGAGCCAAGCCAGUGGGAUGCAAUCGCUCAAUCUGCCAGGACCGAUGCCGAGGCGACAGAAGACUCAAGUCAUCAACCCACCAUGCAGACCCCAGAAGACGAAGCGGAGCAAUUCUACAGCACCUUCCGCUCCUUUCCCGCACUCGGUGUUCGUCGCAGUGCAGGCCUUUACACCACCAUGUUCAACCACAUCGCCUCCGGUGCCUUCCGCACACUCUCAUCCAAUCGACGUACUCUUCGAGACGAUGGAAUGAUCCUCGGUGUUGGAGCAGAUGAGAUGGAAGGACUUCCAGCAGAGUCCGAAUUCGAGGACGCAACGAUAGAGAUGUUGAAAGCUAUUAGAGGCUCUGCGGAGGCCAAAGCAAUUCUCGGAGAGACGCUUUGUUCCAUGGAGUCAGAGGCUCCGCCUUUGAGUCCUGACGGCGAGGGAGCCGUUGAACGUGCUAUGGCGGUGUUGAAGGCUAUCAGGGCUGUGGAUGUUGAAGGUGCAGAGGGACAUCUUGUGAUGUGGAGGGAAAGGUGUGAGAGGGUGUUGAGGAAGGCUCUCGAAGGUUGA